AUGGGGUCAAAUUUACUUCAAAACCAUGCUACUACCCGGACUUCGAUUACGGAGUACUUAUCGUCCUUACAGUUCGAAAGUUGCUUAGGGUCUGGAGCAUUCGGCUUAGUGUUAAAAGCAACAAAUCGUGAGCACGGAUCCCAGACGGCUGUAAAAUUUAUACUUCGACCCGAAAUGGAAGGAACCGAACAGAAGCAAAUCCUGCGAGAAUGCAGCUUCAAAACGCUCGACCACCACGAAAACAUUGUGAAGGUUAUGCAUACAAUUGAAGAUGUCUUCACUUUAUCUCUGAUAAAUGACAUAUUACCGGACAAAUUGUUCACAAAUGCUGCACAAAAAAUGGUCAAGGACCUCUUCCUUGCGAGGCUAACCCGCCCCAUGGAGCUUCCUGGAGUCCUUAUCCAGAUGGAACUGUGCGGCGAGACUUUAAGGCAAUGGCUCUACCAGAAACACGAUAAGUCGGAUUCAUUAGUACACCAUCAACAAUAUGCAAUCGUUAAAAACCUGAUCGACGGGUUGGUCCAUUUGCAUAAAAAUAAAAUUCUGCAUCGCGACCUAAAACCGGAAAACAUUAUGUUCUCCAAGACAGGAUUUAUACUUCCGGUGAAAAUCGGAGACUUUGGCCUUUCUCGACAUUUACACUAG